CGUGCGGAAACAAACAAGGAAGGAGAAAGCUCGAGGCUUCCUCUGCCCCCGAGCGAAUCCCACCCAUCCUCUCUUCCUCCCCCCACGUCUUCCUCCGCUCCACCCCUUUCCUCCUCCCAGCUCCCGUCCGUCCACCGAAUCCGAGCCGCUUGUUCCCUCCAAACGGUGGGGCGCGGCUCCGAUCCGCCCGAUCCGGGUCGCUCUCGAGGCUCCGGCGCGCGCGGCGGCGGCCGGUGGCGGCGAUGGAUUCAGAGGACGACACGCGCGACUCCGCCGAUGAGGACUUCUACAGCGGCGGCGAGGCGGGCCUCGCCCUCAGCGACGACGGGGACGCGGACUACGACUUCGCCGACCGCGACUCCGAUGACUCGGAUGACCUAAUCUCCCACAGGCAGCAGCAAAACUACAGUGUACUGAGUGAAACUGACAUAAAGCAACAUCAAGCAGAUGACAUGAAUCGGGUUUCAACUGUUCUUUCAAUUUCGAAAUCAGAAGCUUGCGCCCUUCUUCGCAGUUAUAACUGGAGCGUUAGUAAGGUGCAUGACGAGUGGUUUGUUGAUGAAGCACGAGUUCGUACUGCCGUUGGUUUACCGGAGAAGCAAAACGAAAUGCCAAAUGAAAGAGAACUUACGUGUGGGAUUUGCUUCGAAAGUUGUCCACGUGAGUCAAUGGGUGCUGCUUCAUGUGGGCAUCCUUUCUGUGGUGUAUGUUGGAGAGGCUAUAUUAGCACAGCUAUAAAUGAUGGUCCAGGAUGUUUGAUGUUGAGAUGUCCUGAUCCAUCCUGUUCUGCUGCUGUUGGACAAGAUAUGGUUAAUUUAUUCGCUAGUGACGAGGAUAAGGGGAAGUAUGAACGAUAUCUUUGCAGAUCUUACAUUGAAGAUAAUAGAAAAACAAAAUGGUGUCCUGCUCCGGGCUGCGAGUAUGCUGUGGAAUUUGUCGUUGGCAGUGGCAGCUAUGAUGUUUCUUGUGGCUGUUCUUACGGGUUCUGUUGGAACUGCACGGAGGAAGCUCAUCGCCCUGUAGACUGUUCCACAGUUUCCAAAUGGAUUCUCAAGAAUAGUGCGGAAUCCGAGAAUAUGAACUGGAUACUAGCUAAUUCGAAGCCUUGUCCCAAGUGCAAGCGGCCUAUUGAAAAAAACCAGGGCUGCAUGCACAUUACGUGCACACCGCCAUGUAAAUUUGAAUUCUGCUGGCUUUGUCUUGGUCCAUGGUCAGAUCACGGGGAGAGAACAGGUGGUUUUUAUGCUUGUAACCGUUAUGAGGCAGCAAGGCAAGAAGGAGCGUUUGAUGAUUCUGAAAGGAGAAGAGAAAUGGCAAAGAAUUCCCUCGAGAGAUAUACACAUUACUAUGAGCGAUGGGCAGCCAAUCAGUCAUCAAGGCAAAAGGCGCUUGGGGAUCUGCAGAGUCUGCAGAAUGAUAAGCUUGAAAAGCUAAGUGACAUACAAAGCCAACCUGAGUCACAGCUUAAGUUCAUAAUUGAAGCAUGGUUACAGAUUGUUGAAUGUAGGCGGGUAUUGAAGUGGACUUACGCAUAUGGUUAUUACCUUCCAGACCAUGAACAUGCCAAAAGGCAGUUCUUCGAAUACGUUCAAGGUGAAGCAGAAUCUGGUUUGGAACGCCUUCAUCAGUGUGCGGAGAAAGAACUUCAGAUCUAUCUCGAUGCAGACUGCCCAUCUAAAGAUUUUAAUGACUUCCGUACAAAGUUGGCUGGAUUGACCAGCGUAACUCGCAAUUAUUUCGAAAACCUGGUCCGUGCAUUGGAGUCUGGAUUGAAUGAUGUUGGAGCUCAUAGCGGCCAAGGUGCAUGUAGCAAGGCCGUAAGCUCCAAGAACCUUGGCGGUAAGAGCAAGAGUGGCAAGAACAAGGCACCUGUUGGUGCCUCGAAGUCGGGCAGCUCAACCCGUGGUAUGGAUGAUGGGAACAUCUGGGCCUGUGAUCAGUGCACGUUUGCAAACCCUAGGUCUGCUAGGAGCUGCCAGGUUUGUGACCAUCAGCAGCACCGUUAGAUCUUGUCAAGCAUUGGACAUAUGGAUUCGAUUGGAUUGUAACACCCUGUCCCGUGAAUGCCUAGAGGCACAUGGCGCAUGAAGUUACUGGCCUCUAGGGCAGGAAAAAACGAGAGGGUGGAAAUAGAAGACUCUGCUGCAUUGGAAGCGCAGCAAAAGCUAAAGAGGUAGAAUUUUUGUGUCCUGGUUGUCUGUUAACCGACGAUGCCCCAGCAGCCUCACUCAAAUAUCAUGGCUCGUUUGUAUAUAACUUAGCACCCAGCCCUCUUGUCUUGUUUGAGAGGGGUAUUGACGGGUGUUUGCCGAUGCAUGGACUGACCUGUUGUAGUGUUGUACAACUGUUGUAAAAACUGUAAUAAUAUUGACCUGUAUUGAGUACAUUUAUUUAUGUUCGCCGGUCUUGUCAGUUUUUUUU